AUGGGAUUUAUCUUAAUGUAUGAUAUCACUAACGAAGAGUCAUUCAACAGUGUUCAGGAUUGGUGCACACAAAUCAAGACAUACUCCUGGGAGAAUGCCCAAGUAGUUCUGGUCGGCAACAAGUGUGAUAUGGAUGGAGAGCGGGUGGUAUCCAUAGAGAGGGGAAGACAACUGGCGGACCAGCUAGGUCUUGAGUUCUUCGAAACGUCUGCCAAGGAGAAUAUCAACGUGAAAGCAGUUUUCGAAAAACUUGUCGAAAUUAUCUGCGACAAAAUGGCUGAAAGCUUGGAUAAGGUAACCAUCUUUGAAACUUAUCUUUCGCAAACGCAAGAAUUAGUGCAUUAAAA